AUGGCCGACGACCCUGUCACCCUAAAGGCCAAUAUUGCCCAUGAUGAAGAGGUUGGCCAUGUUGCCUCGCUCUCGCCGGAGGAGCUGGUGAUUGAGAGGAAGCUCCGAAAGCGCAUUGACGCGAUCGUCAUGCCGUUGGUAAUUCUUGUCUAUCUCAUGAAUUACAUCGAUAGGAACAACUAUCCUGCAGCCAAACUGCAAGGCCUUCCAGAAGACCUCGGGUUGGUCGGCGAUCAAUACCAGAUAGGCCUGUCGAUUCUCUUUGUCGGUUAUGUCCUCAUGCAGGUCCCCUCCAACCUGCUCCUCAACUACAUGGGCCGCCCGUCUUGGUAUCUCGGCUUCUUUAUCGUGGCUUGGGGCUUGGUUUCGGCGGUUACCAGCCAAGUCACAAACUACGGUGGAAUCGUUGCCUGUCGCUUUAUUCUCGGCUUGGUCGAAGCCCCCUUCUUUGCCGGUGUGCUGUUCUAUCUCUCGAAGUGGUACACCAAGAAGGAGCUGGCUCUCCGCAUGAGUAUCUUCUACUCCGGCUCUCUUCUCAGCGGAGCCUUCGGAAAUCUCAUCGCAGCUGGUAUCCUCGAUGGCCUGGCGGGCGCCCGCGGCUUGUCCGCCUGGCAAUGGCUAUACAUCAUCGAAGGCUCCAUUACCGUCUUCAUCGGGCUAGUCGUCGCUGUCGUGCUCCCAGACUUCCCCGAGAACUGGCGCCUGCUCCCUGAGGAAAUGAAGCACGUCGCCGUCAAGCGCCUUGCCAUCGAAGCCGCUCAGGCGGACGUCGACGAAGCUGGUAAAGGCAGCCAGAUCAAGGGUCUCAAAAUGGCUUUUUCGGACGUCAAGACCUACGCGCUUGCCGUCGCGUACAUGGCCAUCACCGGUGCCAGCGGGUUCCAGAACUUCUUUCCAUCCCUCACGGCCACGCUCGGCUACAACAAAACCAUUUCCCUUCUCCUCGUCGCGCCUCCCUACAUCUUUAUGGUCGCCUACUCCCUGGCCCACUCGUACCUCUCCGACCGGUACCAAUCGCGCUUCUGGUUCUUCGUCUACCCGAUUCCAAUCACGAUCGUAGGCUUCGUCAUCUUCAUGACGACCGACGGCUUCGGACCCCGCUACUUCUCCUUCUUCCUCAUGGUGUUCGUCUUCGCCCAGAACGGCACGGUAUACUCUUGGGUUGCGGGUGCUAUUCCCCGUCCGCCGGCCAAGCGUGCCGCCGCUUAUGCAUUCAUCAACUCCGUCGGCAACUCUGCUAGCAUCUGGACGCCUUUCACUUACCGCGACGCUGAUUUACCAUACUAUCGUCCGGCAAUGGGCGUUUGCAUUGCGCUUCAGGCGAUUGGCGGUAUCAUGGCGGUGUUCAUGUACUUCCAUCUGAAGUCGCUGAACAAGCGCCAGGAACGGUUCGAGGAUGUGAGCGCGGUGCUGACGGAGAAAGACGAGAAGGUGCUGCAGAAGAUUGCGGCGAGAGAGGGCAUUGAUGUCGCGGCUGCAAGGCAGCUGCAGAGCGGGUUCCGGUAUGGACUGUGA